CGUGACCUCUCUCACGCUUCUCUCUGGUAUUACAUUAUUCGUAUAUGUGUUACUGUGUAGAUUUGGCAAGGAUUGGAAGGUUCUUUAUUGAAUGCGCGGUUUUCUCGUAACCUUGACAAAAAUGCGCGGGUAGUCGUCGAGAUUGUGAUUAGAAACAUUUUCGUAGACAGUUGAUUAUGAGACAGCAUGUGAAACUGUCGUGGGACAGCUACCGUAGCCGUUGAUCGAGCGUAAAUUUUAAUUUAUGUGUUUCGCUUUUCUUUUUUUUUUAAUAUCGGCUAACUAUACAAUCGGCUUACAUUGCAAUCAUGCCGUGGAAGAGAAUAAUCAAGGCAACUGAACAAGAGUGUGCUUAUCGCGAGAAAUAUUUUCAUGAUAUUAGAAUUAUCAAAGAUAGGCAAAUAGUGUGUUCCACCUGUGGUAAUGAAUUAAAUAUCGAGACAGAGCGAAUCUUUUCCCAUCCUUUCAUUGGAAUAUUGCAGUGUGAGGUAUGCUGGAAUCACUUAAAAAAUAUACAGGCGAAAUUUGAUGAGGACAAAGCUCGAAGUUAUUGUCACAUUUGCGGCGGAAACAAAAAACUAUUCAUAUGCUGUAACAAAGAUUGCUUCUCAGCGUUUUGUAAGGAAUGUGUAAAGAGGAAUGUGAGUUCAUCGCUUUUGGACGCAGAAAAGGAAGAUUGGAAAUGUUUUAUAUGUAAUUCUAAACCAAUCUGGGAUCUGAGGGCUGUAUGUGCUGCUGUAAUGGACUCUUUUUCCAAAAAGGGUAACAAGAGAAGCUUCAACAAGAUUGAAAAACGUAGUUUACCAUCUCAGAUACAACGAAUAGAAAAAACGAAAAAACUACAAAAGUCCUUACGAAAGUUGUGUGACAAAGAGGAUGACAAUUCUUCCGAAAAUUCAUUCGUUUCUGUAAGAAUCGCGCAAAAAAAUCUUCGUACAAAUCCUAAUACAAGCUCCAUAUUGCAGAAACAAAUAUUGGAAGUAGAUUUAACAGAUUCAUCCGAAAGCGAAGAUUUGUCUCGUGCACGAAACGAAAAUUCGACUGCUUUAGCUAAAAGAAAUAAAGGCGAGAGAGAUAAAAAAACGAAAUCUAUACGGAAUUCUUCCGCACAGAAAGUUUCAAAAUCAGUUACGAAAGAAAAAACUACAUCAAAGAAAUCGAUAAUAUCUAGUGAUUCGGAUGACGAUUCUACCGAUACGUCGUCGAAUAAAACAGGAAAACAUAAUAGGUCUGAGAAAAUAAUAAAACGUAAAACGAACAGUCGUAUACAUUCUUCUGACAGCGAAAGCGAUAAGAACGACACGAACGGAGUGUCGAGUGUAUCCAAAAGGAUUUCAAAAGAUACCAGACAACGGAAUAAGAAAAUGGAUAAUGCAAAGUCGAAGAACAGGUCAAAGAUACAUGACUCGACUAGUGAAUCUGAAGAUGAAGGUAAAAAACGAAACAGGAGGGAACGUUCGGAAACACCGUACAGUAAUAAUGAUGAACGAAAACGUGACGAGUCAUCGAAGCAGCGACUUUCUGACAUUCGGGAAGAUGAUUCGGACAAUAGUUCCGGUAAAGAAUUUCAGAAGAUAAAACUUCAAAAGGUGAAUCGCAAUAAAUACUCUAGGAGACAAUUGGUAGAUUUGGAAGUAGAUCAUACUAAGUCACCCAUGGAAAGUUCUAAAAAUGAUAAGAGUAAUAAGGAUACCAACGAACAGUCGAAUGUGAAUGUUAGCGAUAUAAAAAAAAUCUUAAUGGAAUGUAAGAAGACGUGUUCAAACUUUCAGAUGUAUAUCGAAAGUAUAGAGCAGUUGUAUGGCAGAGAAAAUGGCAAGGAACAACUCAUGUUGCAAUCUAUAGAAAAAAUUGAUAAUUUAGUAACGACGAUACAGACAAAACAAAAAAAUUUAACAACUUCUUAUCAAUUGUGGUCUGGGAAUAAGAAAAAAUCUACUACGAGGAGGAUGUCAAGCAAAAUAAUUAGCGAUAAUGAACAAUCUUCAGAAGAACGUGAAAAUCUCUCAGUAGGCAUGGAUGAACACAUCUCCGGCGAUGAGCAGGACGAAAAUAAGGCCGUGUCCGAAUGUGACGAAGAAAUAUUUUCAGAGAAUGAAACUAGAUCGCCGCAAAAGAUACAAACGACUGGACACAAAGAUGCAGUAAAAACGGAAAACAAUCUCAAUAACAAUGAAACUAAUACCGACGAUGAAAAUAAAAUGUUAGUGGAUGAAUCGAAGAAUAACGAUAAAAAUAAUGUGGACACGCGAGAUGAUUUGGCCGCUUCUCCUGUAUUAGGUGUAAAAGAGAGGAGGGUCAACAUGGAACGAUCAAAUAAAAAGCAAGUGUCGUCAGAAUGCAAUAAGAGCAUCAACAAGACACAAUUGACGGAUGAAAAUGAUACUAACAAUGAACAGACAAAUUUAAAUACUGAUAACGAAACCGAGAUUGAAGAUUCUUCUUUAAGAAGUAGCACUAAGAAAGUGGCAUUAGAAAAUGAUGAAACAAAUCGUUCGAACAGAAAGAAUAUAAUCAAUGUGUCAAUGGAUAUGUUCGAUACAUCUCUCGAAGAUGCAGAAGAAAGCAGAACGGAAGUCGAACUAAACGUAGAAACAAAUUGUGAUGAAGACGAACUUUCGCAUUCCAAGGAUACAUCUUUAAAUCCUUGCAAAAGUUCUUUGCAAGAUACCGUUUCAAACGAAAAAGAGGGAACAUCUCUUUUAAUCGAUGAUAGUGGAAAAGGAAAGGAUUUAUCAGAUCAAGAUAAUCAGGAGAAAGUGGCAUCUGCAUCCAAUGAGGAAGGUGAUGACGACUUGAAAUCCACCAAAACGAAUACCGAUGAUAGCGAAUCUCUGGAUGACGCUGAAGCAUUGGCAAAGAAAGCCCUGCUGGCAACUGACUCUGACUCGGACAUAAGCCCUGAUGAGAACGUAGCUAAGCCAACUGAAGAUUUGAUUGCAAAUGAUACUGGUCGAACCGAAAUGAAAGACGCAACGGACCACAACGAUUUUGAUGUCAAUAGCGUUAGUACGGUAAAGUUUUCAACACAUGUAAAAGAGGCGAGUACUGUCGCUGAAAAGAAUACUGCGAUCGAAGCCAAAAUUACAGCUGAAGAGAAAAAUAAUGAUUUACCGGAGAAAAGACCUCGCCAAGAAACGAGCUCUUCGGAGGAUGAAGAUGCCAAUGUGGAAAAGGCUGCAAAAAAAGCUCUCUUGGAAUCAAAUUCAGACGAUUCUACACUUUUAUCGCUCUCAUCGGGGUCGGAAAAGCUGGUCGACAAGAAAACCGAAUCGGAUUCUUCUGAGAAAAAUGUUAAAGCGAAGCUGUCGCUUCUAGCAUCUUCCAGCGAGAGUUCCAGUUCUGAAAUGGCAAAUAUCUCAAGGAGUACUAAACGUGCUCAUGAGCCUGAGAAUGAUAGAGAAUCCAUAGUCUCCAGAAUAAAGAAGAGAAGAUUCAACCUCGAAAAAAAUCAUUACUACCAAAAUGAUGAGAAAUUGAGAAUAUCCUCCGAAGUUCAUUUAACGCGAUUAAACACGGAAGUUCUUAAGUCCUAUUCCUAUGCAUUAAGAAAGUCAAGAGAGUAUCUGGAACAUAAGGCGCUCAAAAGGUAUCCAGCAUUUUCUGUAAAACCUAUGUCUGUUGUCUUGCAUCAAGAGACUUUGAUGGAUCAUUUUGAAAGAGUACAGGACAGCGAUGUCGUGGUAACUGUAGAAACGAAUUCUGAUACCGAAGAAUCAAUUUGUCAAAUAAAAAAUAUAGACGAUAUACCUAUGUCUAACGAAGCUCUAAUAUCAGAGGCAGAUAGAAUCGCGAAAGAGAAUUUGUUAAAUUCCUCUGAUUCAGAUGAAAAAGAAGUGCUACUAGACAGCGAUGAUAACAUAAACAAUGAGGAUAAAGAUGAAAAAGUAGCGGACAAGAAAAAGAAAUAUCAAAAGAAGCCUGAGGAAAAAACUUUAAAACAAGAUGACAGUAAGAAAGACAAAAGCGAUUGGAGGCGAGACAAGAUAUUAACAAAGAAAUUUUCUGAUUCUGAUUCCGAUGCCGAAAGAGAAAAAUGGAAGAAGAAACAAGAAAAGCUUGCAAAUAAAUCGAAAGAAAAUAAUAGCGAUUCCGCUAACGAGAAAAAGUCUUUCAAAUCUAAGAAGAAGAAAAAGCAGGCCUGGCGAAGAAUCUUAGAUUCAGAUUCAGAUAUCAAAAUAACCGAUUGCAGUUCGGAUUCUGAUAACAUUUCUGAAGCAUCAAGUGCCAAACAAAAUUCAAGCGAUUCAAGCAGUACGAGGAAAGAAAAGGAGAAACGGAAGAGACGCAAACAACGCGGUGAUUCGUCAGAUACAGAUUCUUCGUUUGCAGAAAAGAAAUCAAAACCGAAACGAAAGCGUAUCAAGAAAAUGGCGUCUGACAGUGACAGCAGUAACGCGGAAAUGAAGAACUCGCAGGGAUCCACGCCCGGUAAAAGUGGCCGUAAAAAUAUACGGAAAGUUCUGAAGGACAAGCAAGUGGCGGAAGAUACGAAACUAGCCGCUAAGGAAGAGGAGGAGAGGCUUAAACGUAUCGCUGAACGUCAAGCUGUGUACAACGAGAUGUAUGAGAUAAGACUCGCCGGCGAAGAGAAAGUAGACAAGCUCGUUUUAGACUUCGAUACGGAGACGAAAGAGGAGCUCGUUACUGUACACGAGGAAUUGGUGAAGCGUCUGAAGCCGCAUCAAGCUCAAGGCAUCAAAUUUAUGUGGGACGCUUGUUUCGAGUCUUUAGAAAGGGUAAAGUCUACAUCCGGAUCUGGAUGUAUAAUCGCGCACUGCAUGGGUUUGGGCAAGACGCUACAAGUGAUCGCCCUGACACACACUCUUCUCACUCACGAGGCGACGAACAUUAAGACAGUACUAAUAGUUUGCCCGUUAAGCACGGUACUUAAUUGGCUAAAUGAGUACAACACAUGGUUGAAGGAUUUGGAUGAUGUCGAGGUGUACGAACUGACAAAAUUCAAGAAGAAUUUUGAGAGAAAGUGCCAAUUGCAGAGAUGGCAGAAGACCGGUGGCGUAAUGAUCCUCGGCUAUGAGAUGUUCCGUAAUCUUACGGGUCCAAAUAGAAAUAUUCGGAAGAGCAUGAAGGAAGUGAUAUUGGAAUGUCUAGUUGAUCCGGGUGCCGAUCUCGUUGUCUGUGAUGAAGGCCAUUUAUUGAAGAACGAAGAUACAGCGUUAAGUAAAUGCAUGAGGAGCGUGAAAACUCUGAGACGCAUUGUACUUACGGGAACACCGUUACAGAACAAUCUAAUAGAAUAUCACUGUAUGGUGCAGUUUGUGAAACCCAAUCUGCUGGGUACAAAGAGAGAAUUUUUAAACAGAUUUGUCAAUCCAAUAACAAACGGCCAGUUCGACGAUUCUACCGCGUAUGACGUUAAAUUGAUGAAAAAACGUGCUCACGUGUUACACAAAAUGUUAGAGGGUAGCGUACAAAGAUUUGAUUACUCCGUGCUAACGCCGUUCCUACCACCCAAACAGGAAUAUGUUAUUUUUGUCAGACUGACAGAUACGCAGAUUAAAAUGUAUCAAUAUUACUUGGAGAAUCUUGCCAGACGCGGAUCUGGUCAAGGAGGAACUCUCUUCGCAGAUUUUCAAGCGUUACAAAGGAUCUGGACGCAUCCUGUAGUCCUGCGUCUGAACGCACUGAAAAUAGAAAAAGCAAAUGAGAAAAGAGGCCUUUCUAGCGAAUCGGAGGGUUCGUUAAAAGAUUUCAUUAAUGACGAUAGCGACGAAGAUAGCACUUCAGAUUCGAGCAAUGACAGUGACGUUCAGGCGAUCGAUGAUGAAACAGAAAAUGUUCCCAAACGUAGAACGAGAAAUAACCCUGGCGAAGAUGAACCAGAGGAAGAGGUUGUAGAAGAGAAGCAGCCUGCAGAAGCAGAAUGGUGGUUGCAGUUUGUGCAACCCGAGAAUUUUGAAGACAUAAAAGUGUCGGCUAAGCUAUUACUCCUCUUCGGAAUUCUAAAAGAAUGUGAACAAAUCGGUGAUAAAGUGCUCGUAUUCUCGCAAUCUCUAUAUUCCCUCACUUUAAUCGAGGAAUUUCUAAGAAGAAUAGACGAUCAGACUCAGAAUGGUGAACCCUGUGAGACACUCGAUAAUCAUACCGGAAGUUGGUCCCUGGGACUCGACUACUUCCGACUGGACGGCCAGACGUCUCCUGAAAAUCGGAGUAUGUGGUGUAAGAUAUUCAACAGACCCACCAAUACGAGAGCGAGAUUAUUCCUGAUAUCCACACGUGCCGGAGGAUUGGGAAUAAACUUAACUGCGGCGAACAGAGUGAUUAUAUUCGACGCCAGCUGGAAUCCCUCUCACGACGUACAAAGCAUAUUUCGGAUAUACAGGUUCGGGCAAAAGAAGCCGUGCUACGUAUAUCGAUUUCUUGCCGCGGGAACAAUGGAGGAGAAGAUUUACAAUCGCCAAGUUACGAAACUCUCGCUUUCGUGCCGUGUCGUAGACGAGCAGCAGAUCGAACGGCACUACAGCAAUCACAAUCUAAAUGAGUUAUAUAUGUUUGAAGGGUAUAACGAUGAAGAAAGGCCUACAUUAAAUUUGCCUAAGGAUAGACUGCUAGCGGAGAUAUUCCUGAAGUUCAAGGAUAUCGUAGAAAAUUACCACGAGCAUGACUCUCUAUUGGAGAACAAGGCUGAAGAGGAAUUAGACGAAGAGGAACGCAAACAGGCCUGGUUAGAAUAUGAAGAGGAGAAAAAGGGAAAACCGCCAAUAAAUCCAAUGUUAAAUGCAACCUAUCAAAACAACUUGCUCCUGCAGCAGUAUAUGAUGAUGAACUCCGCACAGUCUAGCAUGAUGCCUCAAAAUACGCAGUUUGAUUUUGAUGAUCUCCAACAGCUUAUUCGUAAAGAUUAUCCUCAUGCGACGCCAGAACAACAGAAAAUGAUGACGAAUCGAGCCAUACUGGAUAUGUACAAUUAUUGGGAGAAGCAAGCCACGCUAUACAAUAAACAACCUGUGCAGGCAAUACGAAAUCCAGUUUUCUCCGUUUCGAAUUUUCAACAAAGACCACAAGCUCCGAAUUUUCAACAAAGGCCACAAGUUCCGAACAAUACAUUCACGAACAAUGCAUUCACGAAUAAUAUGCAUGUAAAUGUAAAUUCACAAGUCUCUCAGUUGAACCAAUUGCUCACGGGGAAUUCGGCGAAUUCGGCGAAUUAUACGAACGCGAAUAAACCUGCGCAGCCAAGCGGUGCACAGAUGGGAGAUUUACUUCCAAAUCCAUUUACAUAUCGACAAACCCCGUCGACUAACAAUACAGGCGGAAACACGGACCAAGAGAUCAUGGAGGUGAUUCCUACUACAAGUAACGCGGGAGUAGCACGCCAGGGCGGCGGGAUGAGUAGCGCACAAGUGGCUACACAACCAAUUGAUAGCAGUAAAAUGCAGGAGGAGUAGACUUCAUACACGAAUGUUUUGUACGUAUUAUUUUAUGCGAUAAUAUUAUUAAUUUAGGACGAUAUAAAUCUCAAUUAUAAAUUGAGAGAGAUAAGUGCAUAAACCGUAUACGAUAUUAUUUAUAUUUUCUGUUAAUUUCCUAUGUAAUAUAAAAAAUUAUGAUAACAG